UUGGCUCGCCACCAAAAUUGUAGUGGAGGCUUUCGAGGGUAGCUGCAGUACAAGGGGAGCGCUCGGGGGCUGCAGACUUCUCCGCAACCCUUGCGAUUCUUCGAUCAAUGUGCCUCUCCUCAUUUAUUUCACAACUUUAUACAAUCAGAAAAUUAGUUACAGCCCAUACAGUCUCAAACAAUCGAAAAAGGUUUUGAUCAUAAUCCGCUCGUUAUAGCGAGCUAUGGAAGAAGUGCUUUCAGAGGGAAAAAAUUUCAAGUUAGUAAACGAAUCCGAGCUUCCAGAUUUAGUUGAUUUUCUAGCUAAUUAUUUACCCGAUUCUAUCAAGUUUCAUCAAACACUGAAAACGUAUUUGAAAGAUCGCGUUUGGGAUUUUCAUUUUUACGUCACGAAAACGUGGCCAGAACAGGCUGUGAUUUUACAUUUUCCGGGAAUGACCAGAACGCCAAACAACAAAUUAUACGAGAGCUUCAGUGUAUUUUGUCCCUGUGAUCAACUAGACAACAUAAAACUAUUAACAGAAGAAGACGUGUUAAUAGAUUGGACUCAACCUAUUUAUCUUAAUUUCACCCACGCGAAAAUAAUGGAAAAUCUAGAGGAAAUUUAUAGCGAGAAGGGUACAAUGGAGAAACUGUAUGGGGAAGUUUACGGUUUAAUGGAAGACGGUAUUCAAAAUGAGGAAGAUGAUGGUGAUGUGACGAUAUUCGCAGAGGACGCGGAGAUGUUGCAGCUAUCACCCGAGCAUGCUCAAAUGAUUCACGACUUGUACCCGGCAAAUCACAUGGAAUGCGUCGAAGUUUUCGAAAAACUUAUCAAGAAGCUGCCUUGUUACGGUAUAUUUUCAAACACGACGGAAUUGGCGGCGUGGAUGGUCCAAUCGUAUUACGGCGCCAUGUUUUCAAUGCAGACGCUACCCGAAUUUAGGAGAAAGGGAUAUGGACUGAUUCUUGCUAAGUACCUGACGAAAUUGGUAAAAGAACGUGGUUAUAUACCUUUCGUAGUGAUCCGUCCGGAAAACAAUGCCUCGAAAGGUCUCUAUGCAAAGUUGGGUUUCAAAAAAUACUUCGAGACGGUCAGAGCAAUCUUGCGACCCCAUGAGAUGUCCAGCGAUGCCCAAGGCGGAGGGACAACGAACGGUCAUUAAAUAUUAUUUUUGAAAAAAAAAAUUUAUAUUUCAAUUCGACAAAAAUGAUAUGAAAAAUUAGAUUGCGACGCACACGUUUUGAGCUGAAGGCUUCCAAACACUAUUUUUCCUAUUUCAACUUAACAAAAAAUGGAAAUUGCAACUAAAUACGAUUUAUUAGAUGCAUAACACUUGUUUUCAAAAAGGAAAUUAGCUAAACGAGGAAUGUCUGUGAUUUAGAAUAAAUAUCAAGGGGUAUUUUUAGUCUUACAAGAGUUAAAACAAAAAUAAAACGUUGUUCAGUACCACAUAUUAUAAAUAAUAAUGAGAUAGAUAUAUUUUUAUGAAAUCACAAAUAUUUAAGUAUCGAUAAAUUAUAAAAACUGCUAGAUUUUUCUCUACCAUGAUUAUUACAUGAAAAAAUAAGAAUAUUAAAAAAAUUUAUAAGUGAAAAUAUAAUAUAAUUAUAAUUUUAUUUCAGAAAUAAACAUAAUUCAAUAACUGUUUUUAUUUAUUGUAGUAUAUAAAGCUUUGUUUUAUUUAUUUAGCUCAAUUGAAAUAUAAUUAUAGUAGAGAAUAACGAAUUUAAUAAUAUUUCGUUGCAAUUUCCUUGAAAGCUUCAAAUAUAUUAACUUACGAUCAAGUUUUAGCUCAAAUUAAAUCACAACUGAUUCACUGGCAAGUGCAAAAAAAUUGUUUGAUUUAAACAGUUCGGAAUAUGUUAAAAAGUAAAUAGUGUGACACCGGCUUUAGACAUCUCGCUAUUAUACUAGAUAUACUCAAAAAAAAUGAAUAAAAUCUUUAUAGUUUCGUUCUAUAUAAUGUCGAAAGUCGAAUUUCUUUUUUAUGUAUUUCUUUUUGAUUGAAAUGAAUCAGUUAAGUUGUUGUUUUCAUAUUUAACCCUGACCUUGAUGUCAUUAGAACAUAUACAGUCACAAUAUAAAACUUAUUUUCACCAAUAGAAUUAACUCAUAACUGAAGUUAGCUUCUAACCUAUAAAAUUAAUGACGGAUGAGUUUCAAUGUCAUUCUAUAUAAUGUUGAAAGACGAAUUACUUCGUUAUAUAGUUGAAAUAAUAGUAUAUUACACAGCGAAGUGGGAAGAAUUUCAUUACUAUCGAAAGAUUUGAUAUAGUUAACCAAAACGCGAAGCGUUACUGUUGCUAUGUGGCAUGAUGUAAAGACUACAAGGUGUGUUCUUACCGAAGACCAAUUUACGACCUGUCGCCAGCUGACUGAUUUAUAUUUAUUUACAUUAAGUGUAUAGAGUAGUUAUUGAAAUUAAAAUGCAUUCUUGUUCUGUACCUUCAUACACAAAUAACAAUACGAAUUGAAGAGGUAAAUAUAUUAGUUAUUAUAGAUAUUAAAUUACUUGACGAAUGGAAAAAAAGUUUGUGGAGAAAUACAACUUAACCUCCAAUACGGUAAGUGUUUACAAGUUUAUCAUAUAUUUUUUUGGUGGUUGAUUUAACAUUGAUCAAAUAUUAUUGUUUGAAUAGCGAGAAUAUGCUUGAAUCAUUUUAAAAAAAGUUGCUACGUGCAAAAGCCCGAGCAUUUGAUUUUUAGUGGACAAAAAUUUUAUUUGUAUUUUAACUUGCUGCUUACUAUGUGUUUUGUUAUGUUAACACACGAUACAUUUUAUUUAUUAUCUAAUUCUUCUUGUUAAACGAAAAGAUUUAUAAUAUACAUUCUUUACAUGGCAAAAAGUUUUGCAAUCUAUUUAAAAUUAUUGAAUUCACAUUAAUUUGAGCAUUGUUUUUAUUGAAAUAACUUUCAACCAAGCCCAAUAUACCAUAUGCUGAAUUAAUUUUUCAUAGUUUUGUAUCAAAUUCGCUGCUCAACCUUUCCUUCAUAACAAUCUUAAAAUGAAAAAAUUCAAAUUCCCGCAUUAAAUUGAUUGGCCAGAAGAACAAUAUGGCCGAUAGUGGGAAAGGCCCCUCAUUGGCUGUAGCUACCGGCUGCGCAAGAACACAACUUGGAGUCUUUACAUCAUGCUAUGUGGUAAAUAACUGUCACCAAUAUAAAUAAAUAGUUUGUUGUUGGUUUUUUAACCAUUGAAUGGGUAUUAUAAUAUUUGUCAACGUGUUAUAUUUUUAAAUAUAGAAAAGAUUCAUCUAGAAUAGACGAGAAAAAUUUUAACGAUCACAAUAUUUUAAGGGGGGUAGUAGAGGUCUGUAAAAUGACACUUUCUAAUCUUCAAUGACGUUAGUAAUGACAGCAUUGCAUAUAUGGUUGAAAAUAAAAUUGUUUUCAGUUCAACUUUGUCAUUAGAGUACCUAAAAGUUUAUAGUCACAAUAUAAUACUUAUUUUCACCAAUAGAAUGAUCUCGUAACCAAUAAAAGCAUAUAUUUCAAGUACUGAGUACUGAAGUUAGCUUCUAUUAACAUUAACGACGAAUUAAAUUCAAUUUGUUUGUCUUUAAAUUUUUUUGUUGUAAAAAACAAAUAUAAAUAAAACAUUUUUAACAUAUUCCGAAUCUAUUUUUAUCACAAGUAUUAUAAAUCAUUAAUCUACUUAUACUAUAGGUAUGUUCUUUUCAACAGAUCUAUUUACACAAUUAAUUAGCACUGCUACUAGUUUUUUUAUCCGAAGAAGAGGGAAAUGCGCAUCAUCAGUUACUUACCAUCCUGGACCCGCGUUAGCAUUUCACAGAAUGUUUAUUCUUCGCUUGUAUUGCGUUUGCUCCUCCAUUCGUUGUUCUGUGAUCUUCCGUAUCAUAUAUCUACUGUCAUUGGUCUAUGAUCACGACUCUUUCUUCGUUCGUGAUUUCGUUGGCCUUUUACUCGAUACGUAUUUUUGUGUAUACUCUCUUUCGUUCGAGUUCUAGCAGAUCCCGCAAGAGCUAAUACUGCUGGUUUUGAUACUGAUCUGUAUACUCUAAAGCAGCUCUGCGUUAUUCUUUUGCAAAUAUUAACAGUUUCCUUUUGGUGGAAGUUAAUCGAUUGUGUGAUUGUUGAUGCUUUGUCUGCUUCUUUUUCUUAAAUGUUCUACAAAACUCAUUAUCGAGUCUAAUUUGGUCCUAAAUAUUUUAUGGAUUCUUUCGUCUCGAUGGAGAACUAAUCGCUUGGAUAUUAUCAAAUUUUUGCUUGAUUCGAGCUAUUUUCCGUGAUGCUACUAGUAGCAGUGAAAAAUAAGACUCCGGCGUACUGAAGUCAAGUUAGUAUAGUAAAAAAUAUAUUUUUUUUUCUUCUUUUUUGUGAUUUCGUCAUUCAUAUCCUCUUUUUUACUGUCGUUCUGCACUGGUGUGGAUCCGAUGCAGUUAAGGUACUGAUAAAAGAACAGAUCUAUUAUGAGUAAUGUCUAUCGAGUCGUAUUUAUACUACAUAGAUAUCGGAUUCUCAAUUUAUAUCUAAAUAGGGAAUAGAGAAUAUUGUUUACAAAAGUUCGUAGUUCUAGUUAACCUCCAAAUUUUUGAAACUUUCACAAGAAAUUGAUUUCUAAAAUAUGAUUUUUAUUGCAUUUAAUAACUAAUAAUAAUAAAUAAUAAAAAUAAAUAAUUUAGUAGAUUUGUUUGAACUUAACAUGUUGAGUCCCAACCAAAAUUGAUAAAUUUUCCCCAGGAUCUAAAAUUUUUUGGGAAUAGAAAAGGUCCAUAUAUAGUUUAGGGAAUAAAUUUUUUGUAUAUUUUAAUGAUUCUCAAAUACAAAAAACUCAAUGUUCUACAAGUUAUUUGCAAAAUAAUUUUUUUAUAUUAAACAGAUUUUUUGCAUUAUUUAACAUGGUUUUUAAUUUAAGGAUUGAAACUAUUAUUUUUGGUUUUAAUUUUUAAUAUUCUCAAUAAAAUCAUUUCAAACUUGUAAAAAGGAUUUAUAUGGGACGGUUUAAAGGUUUAUUUUACGUUGGAUCUAAUCAUCUAUUUUUCAUAGCUUAUAUAACAUUUUUUUUAUUCCUUGGAUUCCUGUAGAAACACAUACUCACUCGAAUUGUUUCUAAAUAACUAAUAAAAAAGUAGUUUUCCACUUUUGUAAAUAAUAUUCAAAUGUUUUUGAAAAGUAGUCAUAAAACAGAUGCUGUGAGAAAACCAUAUUUUUAUGGCAAAAUUAUUUUUUAAAUGGAAUUACUUUAUUUUUCACUAUUUCACUAAUUACUAUAUUAAUUAUUGACUAUUUCAAAAUAGAGUUUCGCAUACUAUCCUGCAUAUUCUUAUGCUUGAUAAAUUAGUAUACAAUUCUGAGUAUGCUUAGUUUCUGUUAUUUAUUAUGUUAAUCUUUGGUACCUGAAGUACCUAAGACCAUAAACAUGUUUAAAAAACAUUGCAGGAAGAUAUUUCGGUAAGAGUAUGAUGAGCCACCCCAUGAUGAUCAUCAUGGAACUAUACAUACACUAUUGAUGAUACAAGAAAUCGAUUUAUCAUAUCUAUUUUAUGAAAUUUAAAUUUUUUUAUCCAAGAUUGAUAUUAAGUUCUUCCUUUUGAUUCCCCAUUAAUUUAAUCUCAGCACUGUAGAGGAAAUGUCCUAUAUCAGAGACAUUCCAUGAAGUAUUCAUAUCCUGCAUAAAAAUGCCCCCAUCCCUCCCCAACAUAAAUCAAGGAGUCUUUUUCUCUUUACCUAAUAAUAGUUUAUUAUUUGUGAUAGUUAUUCUAUAUUUAUCUGGUUUCCUAUUUUCUCAAUCAUAUUUCUUUUCCUAACAUUUAUCAUAGUUACACUGCAUUCACUUCUCUUUCUAACUUUGCCUGUUAUUCUUCCCCAAUAUACUGAACAUGUAUGUGGAUUACCAUAAUAAAUUAGAGCAAACUUUUAUAAAUUAUUGAAAUGGACUAAUUAAAUGAAUAACAUUGAAAGUAUGCAGGAAUACAAUUAAGAAAUAUUUCAAAAUGUUGCUAGAAUAUUCGUAGAUAUUGAAAAAAACUUAUCACCGAUGCAUAUUGAAUUAAACUUAUGCUUGAAUUGCUUCAAAAUACCUAUUACAUGAGGAAUUUAUCGAGAUCGACAACCUUUUACAAAGUAGAUGAUAUUAAAAUAGCUUUUUGAACUUUUUAUAUAGAAUCUAGACUAGCUUACCUUGUGUAUUGACUGUGAUAGAAUAUUAUUUUCUUGUACGACACCAAAGAGGAAAUAAACACAGGGUAUUCUGGAACUUUUGAAUGGUAGUAUAAUGAACAACAGAUUGUAAGCCUUUUUUUCAGAACUGUAUAAAACACUUUAUAUAGCACAGAAGGUUAAUGGUAAAAAUUAGGUACUAUACUCGAACUUAAAGCAACAUGUCACCAAUAUUUACUUGGUUUACACCAUAAACACGCUCUAAUUACUUGUUACUAAUUACUUAUUACUUGACGAUAUUUCGUAAUAAAUUUUCAAAUUUAUCUCAUCACAAAAAUAAAAUUAAAUAUUACACGAAAGAUUUUAAUUCAGUAUGAUUCAUAACUAGCAGCCAUCUUGUGAAACAUUUAAAAUCUUUUAUUUAGAUAUGAUAAUAAAUGAAUUACUUAAAUGAUCACAUGUAGUGAAAUCUACGAAAUUUUAUUAUCAACGAUUACAACCCGAAUCAUUCAAUACAAAAUAAUUUGACUUGAGUGAACCGUUUAUGUAAAUUGUCCCAGUCAACAAUCAAGUAUCGAUAGAUAUAUCGAUAUUUUUACUCACGCUCGAUUGUAAAAAAACUUGAUAGUUUUAUUUAUUAUUAAAAUACUUAUUCAAGUGUUAUUAGUACAAUUAAAUUAGAAAUUUUUACCAAGUUAAAAAUUUAGAAAUAUAAUAAAACUAAAUUAAAAAUAUCCAUGAUAUAUAUCGAUUUUUUUAUGACAGAAUAUCGAUAUUUUUCACUCAUUACUAUUAUAAUACCAGUUAACGUAUUAGUUUUAUAUCGCGAUGAAUAGACAACGGGUGUCCUGACGACACAAAUUGUUAGGGCAGGUCAGGGAUCACUUUCCAAACAAAGUUUUAAUUGUGUUGACGAUCGUAUAUGUCUAUUGCGUACAUAGUGAUAUUUUUUGGUAGAUGCAUCUUGUCUGUGAUAUUAUUUUCAGUAUUAAAAAUAGUUGGAGACGUACAUAAAACUGUAGAGGCCAUUUUUUAGUUAGUUUUUCGGUCAUAAAUACGCAACUACUGAGAAUAUUUUGAAGUAUGUCUACCAAAAUUAAAUGAAAUGGAACAUGUGACUGAUUUGUAAACUGGCAUGACUUUAUUUCUUCAUAAAUACCAUCCUAAUCAUAAGGCUGUACAAGGUGUUGUGUAAAUAAUAACGUUAUAAGUUUGCGUAAUACAGAGGCGUACAUUUUACUGUAUAUCUUCUUUGGAAAUAGAAAGAUACAAUUUUUGAUGCUAUAUCGACGGUUCGUAAAUUCACUACCCCAUAUUUUAAUUUGUUAGUACAAUUAGGGAUGCAACAUCACUCAUAAAUACCAUCGAUAUUUUGAAAAGUGAAACAUCUAAGUUUAAGAACGAUAUAUCGAUUUUUUUUCAUAUAAAUGAGAUACUAUUUCAUCUAUUUUAAUAAUUAUUUUUAAUGAAUAAUCAUUAUUUUAUAUUAACAAAAAAACAAGGACGUAUUUAUUUUAUUCAAUAAACUAAAUAGGAAAAUCUACUUUUGUGAUUAACAGAGAUAUAUGUUUGUGUGUGAAGUUGACAUCAUUCAUGAAGAACGAUGGUUAUAUCGCUGUUUUAUAUUUCGAUAUGUUUUUCAAACAUCGAUAUAUCGUUUGCAUCUCUAAGUACAAUUGAUUUGUAGUAGUUACAGUUUUGAAAAUCAGGUGAAGUAAUUAGAAGGUUGUAAUAUAAAAAUAUCCUGUGAACAACAGAUGGGCGCAAUAUAAAUUUUUUUCUACAUUUUGUCUAGUAUUUUCGAUUUUUUGUGCUAAAAAAUAUCACUCACUAUUCUUAUGUUCAAAAAAGUCUUCCAAAUUAUCAAGUCACAUAUUUUUAGCAAUAAUCACCAAAGCCUUAUGACUCAACAUACACCAAUUGUAUUAUUAUUAAAAUUAAUGAUUUGUAUACUGUGGAAUCCUUUUAAUAUGUUAAAAAUGAAACAUAAUUUAAUAUUUUACUAUUAUUUUCAACUAUUUUACACUUUUUUGCUCCUUAUAUACAAACAUCUUGUCGAAACUUGUAUCGAGGAGUGGCAGUGAAGUUAGUAAGGUUGUCGAAGUGCUUAAUUUCGAACAAGGAGAUCUGAGAUUUGAAUCCUUUCUUAAAAGAAACAGGUAAGGCUAAUAUAAGCGUUAAAAACAUAUAAAAAGGUCUAAGAACUGAAAAGUUGAAGACCAUUAUUCUACUUGAUAAAAAACUCAUUAUAGUAUACUUAAUAUUUAAGGUAAUUAAUAUUAUACAAUUCUUUUUAGUAGUAUAAAGUUACUAAUCAAUUUUCUUAAAUUUUAGUAGGUAUAUCUGUAAUAUUUUGGGCCCAUCUUUUGUGAAAAAUAUAUUAGAUAUGGAUCAAAUUUGGAGAGUAAACUUUGUGUUAAUGUUUUGAGAAUUUAUUGGAAUAGAUGAGAAACUAAAAUAUGGACUCUAUUUUACAUUCGAGAACACAUGAAAUGAUGGUUUUAGUGAGAACCAGAAAGAUAAUGCAAUUAUUUUUUCCACUGUGAUAAAAAAGCACUUUUUGCUCAAAAUAGAAGUUCGAACUAUAUUGCAUUAUAUUAGUUGAGCACGUGUACGAUUUCCGUGGCGUCAAGAUUUGUAAAUUGAUCCAAAAUAAGUCGAAAAUGAAGAAUUAAAUUUUUUGAUAUCCCUCUUCGUUUUCGUGAUAAUGAUACUUGAAGUCGAAAGAAACCAAACCCCAUCAGAGCUUCGCCUUUGAAAGCAUUCAGAGCAUACUUCUUAUUUAAUAAAGCAAUCUUUUUAAUAUAUUUUUGGAAUAUUAUAGUGAAUUAUGUAAAAAUUGAAAAAAACAAAACUUUUUGAAUUUAAAGCCAUAAAAUAUUUAUUCUAGACAAAGUAUUAAACGUCAUAUAGAAAGAAUAUAGAUCUAAUGUUUGGUUGUUAUUUCAAGUACCAAUAUCUCGAAAACGAAAAAUUAUUUUCUUUAUUUUGUCCAUAAUAAGUCAGAUUACAACGCCACGAAAAUCGUACUCUCCCCUAUUAGUUGCUUAUCUGUUCUCCAAUUACCCAACCAAAGUGUAUUUCAAGAAUUUUCUCAAAAUAUGAAAUAAAAUCUAUAAGGUUACUGCUCUCAUUUCUCAUAUAUUCGAAUAUUGCGUAUAAAUCAAAUUGAGUGUUCAAAAAUCAAUGGUUAGUCGAGGUUCGUCCUAGUUAAGUUGAUCGAAAUGUAAAAAGUGUUACCUCUCAACUGCUAUUAAUUCACCUAAACAUUACGAUUUGUUAUAGAUAAGCGAGAUUUACACAUUUUUAAACACUCCAAAGCACAUAUUACUCCUAAUGCAAUUAUAAAUUUAUUUAAAUUCUAAUGUAAUUGUCAAUAUAAAAUACGAUAUACACAAUUACUAUUAAAGACAGAUAUUACUUCGAUUGUGAGAUGAACUUUUUCAGUAAUCGAUCAUUUUUAUAAUCGAAUUACGUAUUUCAAGGAUGCAUUCCACUAAGCACGGACGACAAUCACGAUCUUUCCCGUUCCACUCAGUCCAAAGCGUUAUAAUCGUAAACACAAGUGGAAUGGCUUACAAUGCGUUUUGAGCGUUGAGAUAAAUAUUAAUGAAUGUCAUAAUAGAAAAAAUAAAACGAAAGCCUUAAGAGGUUAUGUUAUAAUAGUAAGUUAUUAAAUGUUUUAGUUGAGUGAUUAAUUGAUUUAUAUUAAAGUAAAAUCAAAAUAUAUUCUGCGGCGAUAGUAAAAUAUUUGGUGGUGAGUUACAAGAAUGGUUCAAAAGGAUCUCAUACCGCAUCAACUAAUGAGAUUGAUCGACCCACCUCUUGACAAGGGUCGUUGUGAACGUUAGUCAUGACGUCAUAGAGUGACGUAGAACGCCCAAAAGAGUAUUUCAGGAAUGCACCAUAAAUGGAGUGAAAUACGAUCGAUAAAUGUCAACUGUCAAUCACCUUAAUAUAUUAAUUAUUAUUUUUUUUAUGAUGUACAAUAGUCUAGGAAUAUAUAGUUUUCUUAUUGGAGAGCGACACUUUUUAACAGCAAUUCGUGGUAUUCCAUAUCUAUUUGUAGUAAAACGUAGGAUUGAUAAUAAUGUUUGAUUUAUCUGCAAAGUAAACAUGACAAUUCGUCGUCAAGAAAAUGAGUGAUAAAAUCGGUUGGGGUGAAUUUGAUUCUAAGGUUUAGUGCUAAAUUAUUUUAUUCAUUUUACAGUAGGUAAGAGAAUGUCAAUUCUUUUUAAUAAUAUUUUAUUAAGAUAAUUUAUUCCUGUUUAGUGGUUGCGUGUGUGUGUGUAUAAAAUCGAAUAAAAAAUUAUCAGACUUUUUUAGCACUAUACUACUAGAAUUAUAUUAUUUUAUGUGAUUUAUACGUAGAAAUAUUGGUUUGUAUCUACUGAUUUUUACCCUAUGGUUUUAUAUUUUCAAAAGUUUGUAUUGAAAAUUAUAUUUUGGAAGUAUGA